AUGGAAAACUGCGAGUUGAACUCAUCUGAUGACCAGACGCCGGGAACUCCGAAGCCAUGUGCUUCUGCCGGUGGCUUUGAAUGGGAAAAGGCGCAAAAACUAAAUCAAGAAGCCGACACAUCUGCCAUGGAAGAAGAUGAAACUGAGGAGUCGUUUGCUGAUCUGAUGGUCUGCGAUUAUGGUUCAAGAUUGGUCCCAACUGGGUUCUCGAUUCCUUGUUGUAAAGAGGAAAUUGUGCUUUUCAUCAAUGCUGGUGCAAUGACGCCUGCGGAAUCAGAUUCCGGUAUUGAACUUCUGGCGGACAAGUUUUUUGAAGGCGGAGAUACUUUUCAGACUGAGGAGUUCAUCGACGAUGGUGGACACUGUUCGUUCAUGUAUCAGUCAGCCAGAUUGGGAAACUUCUGCUACCGAAUUGAGAAUCUUCAGCCCGGGAAUUAUUUUCUUGAUCUUCAUUUUGUAGAAAUUAUAAACAUCAAUGGGCCUAAAGGGAUGCGAGUAUUUAAUGUGUAUAUGCAAGAUGAAAAGAUUUUGUCUGAUUUUGAUAUCUUCUCCAUCGUUGGGUCCAACAAACCUCUACAACUGGUUGAUGCUAGAGUUUCUGUUAAGGAGGAUGGAAUUAUUGUCUUGAAAUUUGAGGGGAUAAUUGGCAGCCCAGUAGUUAGUGGAAUUUGUAUUAGGAGAGCCCCUACAGCUUCAGUCUCUCAGAUGAACCGUGAAUAUUCUGUGUGUAAAAACUGUUCUGCUGAGAUAGAAUAUCCUUCAGCUCAGAAAAAGGUAUUGCGAACAAAAUCAAUAACCAAGUACGAGAAAACUAUACAAGAUCUGAAAGAUACGUUGCAGAGGAAGACUGAUGAGUGUUAUCAAUCUUGGAUGUCUUGGUCUGCUGCUAACGAGCAAUUAGAGAAAGUUAGGAUGGAACUCGACAAUAAGACAUUCAAAACAUAUUCACUUGAUCAAACACUAGAGAAACAAGCAGACAAGCUGAAAGACAUCUCGAGCAAGUAUGAGCACGAUCAGAAGUCCUGGAAAGUGGCAAUCAAUAGUUUAGAGCAGAAAGUAAAGGUGAUGAAACGAGAGCAUUCUGAGCUUUCUCGUGAAGCACACGAAUGUGUUGGCUCUAUUCCGGACCUGAAUAAAAUGGUUUCUGCAGUCCAGUCACUUGUCGGACAGUGUGAAGAUCUUAAACUGAAAUUCAAUGAGGAGCAAGUAAAGAGGCGGAAGUUAUUUAACCAAGUGCAGGAGGCAAAAGGAAAUAUUAGGGUAUUUUGUCGUUGUCGACCCCUAAGCAAGCCGGAAGUCACAGCCAGGUGUUCAUCAGUCGUAGACUUUGAUGCUGCCAAGGAUGGAGAACUUGGAAUUCUUAGCAAUGGCUCCACCAGAAAGACUUUCAAGUUUGAUCGUGUUUACUCGCCGAAAGAUGACCAAGUUGAUGUUUUUGCCGAUGCUGCUCCUAUGGUAAUCUCAGUACUGGAUGGAUAUAAUGUAUGCAUAUUUGCCUACGGGCAAACAGGGACAGGCAAGACUUUCACGAUGGAGGGUACCGAGUCCAACCGUGGGGUCAACUAUAGGACCCUUGAAGAAUUGUUUAAGAUUGCGAACGAGAGGGCUGAAAACUACACGUACAACAUCUCAGUUAGUGUGCUUGAGGUUUACAAUGAACAAAUAAGGGAUCUGUUGGCGGUGGAGACCUCCAAGAAGUUGGAGAUAAAGCAGGCCUCUGAAGGAUUUCAUCACAUUCCUGGUAUUGUUGAAGCCAAAGUGGAGAACAUACGGCAAGUCUGGAAUGUCCUACAGGCAGGGAGCAGUGCAAGAGCUGUUGGAUCAAAUAAUGUGAACGAGCACAGCAGUCGAUCUCACUGCAUCCUCUGUAUUACUGUAAGAGCCAAUAAUUUGAUCACUGGGGAGUGCACAAGAAGCAAGCUUUGGCUCGUGGACUUGGCCGGAAGUGAAAGGCUUGCUAAGACUGAUGUUCAAGGUGAUCGUCUCAAAGAAGCCCAGAAUAUUAAUAGAUCGCUUUCGGCUCUUGGAGAUGUGAUAUCUGCUUUAGCUAAUAAAAGCAGUCAUAUACCAUACAGGAACUCAAAGCUGACCCAUUUACUCCAGGAUUCAUUAGGCGGUGACUCAAAAACAUUGAUGUUUGUACAAAUUAGCCCCUCUGAUCAAGACCUUGGUGAAACAUUGAGUUCUCUAAAUUUCGCUACCCGGGUUAGAGGGGUCGACUUGGGUCCUGCCAGAAAACAGAUAGACACGAGUGAGCUCCAAAAGACGAAAACAAUGCUUGAUAAGGCAAGGCUGGAGUCGAGGUUGAAAGACGAAUCUUUGAAGAAGCUUGAAGAGACUUUGCAUAACCUCGAAAGCAAGGCCAAAGGAAAGGAUCAAGUUUACAAGAACCAGCUGGAUAAAAUAAAGGAGCUCGAGGGCCAGCUUGAACUGAAGACAUCACUGUAUUGUCAAUAUGAGAAACAAGUGUCGCAUCUUACCGAGAGACUGAAAGGGAAGGAAGACUCUUGUUCCAGACUUCAACAGAAGGUGAUGGACUUGGAGAACAAGCUCAAACAACAAGACGAGAUUCAGUUCACGACAUACCAGAAGAAGGUUCACGAUCUCGAGCGCAAACUGAGAGAGCAAACACAGCAAUCUGAGUCUGAUACUCUUCUCCUUCAACACAAGGUUAAAGAGCUUGAAGAAAAAUUGAAAGAGACACAGGAAAACCCCGAGCGACUCUCACUUUGUCAAAAGAUUAAAGAACUCGAAGAAAAACUUAGAGAGCAAGAAAAGCAGAUAGCAUCAAAAGCAAUCUCAGAGCCCGUAGCCAACAAAAUAAAAUCCUCCACGCCCAUGGAAAACAAGCAAUCUAACAAAGAUGAGAUGCCAAACGAGCACGAGCAUCGUAUUUUGAGAAGCUUAAAUACUGUAAACAGACGAGGCAGUCAGGGUUCUUCUGCUUUGCCAAAAGAAAACGAAGCUCCUCCUCACGAGUCCCGGAGGAAGAGACUUUCAAGAAAUGGUGAGGUUGAGAACACUAGUAUAUUUCCAACUCCAUUGAGUGACAACAGCAAGGGCCGGCAUUCUGACCCACCUAAACACAUACCGAGGGUUUCAAGGAUGGGGAAGCCCGUUACAGGGGCCCAGAGGCCCGUGGCCCGAAGCAAAACGAGCCGGGAUCCUGUGCAGGGGGUCAACGAGAGGGACAGCAAGAAAAGGAUGUGGACAAGAUAA